CAGUCUCUCUGGCCCAUCCAGACACUAAACUUAGCUCCCACCCCCACUCCCAAGCCGCUGCCACCGCGCCGACCGGACAGCCACCUAUCCCGGCAGACACUGCUCUCCCCUGCCCAGAGCACACAGACCUCAGUGACCACCAUGUCCCAGACGAAAACCCUGAAGGUUCGGGUGACCCUCUUUUGCAUCCUGGUGGGCAUGACGCUGGCCAUGGUGGCCGUGGUGACCGACCACUGGGCCGUGCUGAGCCCCCACAUGGAGCAGCACAACACGACCUGCGAGGCGGCCCAUUUCGGCCUCUGGAGGAUUUGCAUCACGCGCGUCGCAGUGGGCACCAGCGGGGAUAGGAGCUGCGGACACCUCAUCCUGUCUGGGGAGAAGAACUGUUCCUACUUCAGACAUUUCAACCCAGGCGAGAGCUCGGAGAUCUUCGAAUUCACCACUCAGAAGGAGUACAGCAUCUCAGCAGCCGCCAUCGCCAUCUUCAGCCUUGGCUUCAUCAUCAUGGGCUCCAUCUGCGCGCUCCUGUCCUUCCGGAAGAAGCGGGAUUACCUGCUGCGGCCGGCAUCCAUGUUCUACGCCUUUGCAGGGCUGUGCAUCUUGGUCUCCGUGGAGGUCAUGCGGCAGUCGGUGAAGCGCAUGAUCGACAGCGAGGACACCGUGUGGCUCAAGUACUACUACUCCUGGUCCUUCGCCUGCGCCUGCGCCGCCUUCAUCCUGCUCUUCCUCGGGGGCCUCGCCCUCCUGCUCUUCUCGCUGCCUCGAAUGCCCCAGAACCCCUGGGAGUCCUGCAUGGAUGCUGAGCCUGAGCACUAGAGCUCAGGAAGCUCGGCCCCAGCCCAGACCUUCUAGAGAGCAGGCAGGAGGUGUCCACCUGCCUGGCCUGUAGCCACGGUGGGCCGCUUCCUCUCUGGGGCAACGGUGGGGGCUGCAGCGAGCUCCUCUAGCAGAGAGUGGACUCGAGCCAGACCUGCCCAGGUUCUGAGCGGGAGGGCCAGCAGGCGCACACGUGUUUGGAGAGGCCCCUGCUACAGAGCUAAGGUUGUCCCUGCUGGCUCCUGCGGUCCUUAAAAACCCUACAGGGACAACAUGUGGUCUGGGGUCACCUGUGUGGAGAGCCAGUGUCCCUUGCCUGGGUGAUAAGACCCACCCUUUGCAGUGAACUAAAUAUCCCUCCUUGGCAUCCAGGAGCCCUGAGGAGCAUUUUUAACUGGGUAGAAUCUAAUUGUGGUUUGAAAUAAAAGUUUUUGGAAAACCCC